AAUUAUUUGCAGUUUCUCCAUUUUUCAAAUACACCCACCACAAACAUAAUACUCAACCUUUACGAAGUAUUUUUUUUAAUUAUAAAUAUAUUGACUUUUACUCUGUAUCUUAUCAAAAACAUGCCACCAAUAACAUACUGUCCAGUAGGAUACAACAGCCCACUUGAGAACCCAUUAUUUCUUUAAGCCCACCAAAUAUUAUUUGCUUGAUUGCUUCCAUCGACAUAAUUUCUUUCCAAGUGUGCUUCAGCUUUUCCUUUACUCCACUUGAAUUAGGGCAAUUGCACGCCGUGACACGACGGAGAGAUUCCUCUAUUGACGGCGUCGAAGAUGCUUACGAGUGACAUACCUCCAAACCAGACCAUAUACAUCAAGAAUCUGAACGAGAAAGUCAAGAAAGAAGAGUUGAAGAGAUCUCUUUAUGCCUUGUUCUCGCAGUAUGGAAGGAUCUUGGACAUUGUUGCGUUGAAAACUGCAAAGCUCCGUGGUCAGGCAUGGGUCGUGUUCAGUGAUGUGACAGCCGCAAGCCAUGCAGUGCGGCAGAUGCAGAACUUCCCUUUUUAUGACAAACCUAUUAGGAUACAAUAUGCUAAAUCACAAUCAGAUUGUAUUGCUAAAGCAGAGGGUACAUAUGACAAGAAAAAGAAACAAGAGGAAAAAGCUGAGAGAAAAAAACGUGCUGAAGAAGGUCAGCAGACUGCCACAGCAAAUGGUUCCAGAGCAGACACUAAUGGAGGCCCAUCUGCUGCUCCUCGACCAGGGAAGCCUGGCAGACAAGAAGUGGUCACAGAGCCCAAUAACAUUCUCUUUGUGCAAAAUCUACCGCCACAAACAAAUAGCCUCACUCUCGAAGAGGUUUUCAACAGGUUUGAAGGCUACAGAGAAGUUCGUAUGAUCGAAGCAAAGCCGGGUAUUGCCUUUGUAGAAUAUGAAAACGACUCUUGGGCCUUGGCUGCCAUGGAGAGCCUUCAGGGCUUUAAUGUCGCUUCCCAGUAUCCAAUGUUCAUUACUUGUACGAGUGAAAAUUCAAGAUACUGUAGGUGCAGCCUGAUUGAUCCUUUGUUCUAUUCGUUAACUGUUAACUUGGGCGAUGCAGUUUUGCUUUGGAAUUUAUAA